GCUCGGUGCUGGGCACGAUGGAGUUCGGGCGGCGGGCCGAGCGGGCGGCCUGCGCGGCCAUGCUGCGCGCCUUCCUCGCCCGCGGCCACUGCGAGCUGGACUCGGCGCACAUGUACGCGGGGGGCGAGUCGGAGCGCAUCGUGGGCGCCCUCCUGGCCGAGGAGCCGCCCCGCCAGGCAGUCCGCGUGGCCACCAAGGCCAAUCCCUGGGGUGGCAACACGCUGAAGGCCGCCGGCGUGCGCUCCCAGCUGGAGACGUCCCUGCAGAGGCUGCAGAUGAAGAGCGUCGACCUCUUCUACCUCCACGCCCCCGACCACGGGACGCCGGUGGAGGAGACGCUCAGGGCCUGUGACGAGCUGCACAAGGAGGGGAAGUUCGGGGAACUGGGUCUCUCCAACUACGCCGCUUGGGAGGUCGCGGAGAUCUGUAGCAUCUGCAGGGCGAACAGCUGGCUCCUGCCGACGGUGUACCAGGUGGUCUCCUCACGGGCAAGUACAGGUACGAAGACAAGGACUCAGGCCAGCAGCCGGCCAGCAGGUUCUUUGGGAACGACUGGGCCGCCACCUACCGGGACAGGUACUGGAAGCCGCACCACUUCCAAGGGGUGGCUUUGGUCCAGAGUGCCCUCCGCGAGGCGUACGGCCCCGAUCCCCCCAGCCUGACUUCUGCUGCCCUGCGCUGGAUCUUCCACCACUCCAAGCUGCAGCGUCCUCCGCGUCUCGCACCAGCAGCUCCAGCUCUCCCGUCUCCGCGCUCCACACGCUCCGGAUGGUCACCUUGAACUCCGCCAUCGUGUAGCCGAAGAGUUUCUGCAAGAAAGGGCCGCGUGACCCCUUGGGACCGGCGCCUGCGCUUCGCUCGCUCCUCCGCCCCCGAGGGAGAGCGGGACCACGUGGGACGGGCACUCGGCGGGGUGCGGCUCUGGCGCGGCUUCAUUCCAAGGAUGUGGCGGCCACCCCUCGGCUUCCCCGCUCUCUUUGGGCUCAGCGGCAAAUCGUACAGAAGAUUGCCAUGGGGGCCGCUGGAAAAGCCCGAAGCCCAAGAAUGUCUGCGGUGGGGGACUUUGCUCUCGUGCCCGGCCCGGCCCGGCCCGCCUCCCUCCUUCCUGGCCUGCCCUUGGAAUGCGGUGCCGGAACUCUUGACGGAACGUGACCCUUGGCCGGCAGGAAAUCAGCUUGGAUUAGGGGAGGAGGGGAAGUCUCCCUCAGCGCGGAAAAGAUGGCCGAUGUGAAGCCGGGGCAGGGAUCUCAUAGGGGGAAGCAACAAAGGCCCCUGCGGGAACGUCCCGGGGAGGAAACGGGCAUCGGGAGUCGCUCACCAGAAUACGGGCCUGAUCGGGCGUCAGGGUGUCCCCCUCCUUGCAGACCUCGUAGUCGGAGAGGAGCAUCACCACCCCUGCCAAGCAAGCGGGAGAAACGGAGAUGAGAACCCGCCUCGCCGAGGCCCAUGCACUCUUCCCAGAGGGGCCCGCCGCUGACCUUUCCGCAGCGCCGUUGGCAGGCCCAGCUGCCGCAGCUGGGGCUCCAUGGAGUGGGGGAACUGCCCCAGCGGCCCCGCGUCCAGGCUCACAGCGAAGGCGGCCCUGUUCCCUGACCGGGCGAAGUCGCUCUCUCUGUACUGGGAGAACCACCUGCGAGGGGAAAAGGACGCAGGAGAUUCAGAGAGAUUCGCACAGCGCACACGUCCUCGUAGCAGAGGGAGGAACGAAUACGCAGCCUCCCGGCCAGGGGGGAAUCAACGGGCCUGGCACAGCCUGUGCUCAGCAGGCCGAGGGCCAGGUCUGGGGCACUCUGGCAAUUUGGGAGGCUGCUGGGGGUACCGUCGCAAGAUGGCUGCCGUGGGAGGCGGGCAAGGGAUGCACAACCGUCCCUGAACCGGCGGCGGUGGGGGGCUGAGCCCGACUCGUCCCAGAGCUGCCCCGGAGGCUGCCUUUCCUCCGGCACCCGGAGAAACCGACCCAUGCCGGGAAGUUCGCAGGGUCCCUCCCACGCCGAGUUGUGGCGCAUGACCAACGGUGCCUCCUCCAACCUGGCGCUCUCCAGACGUUUUAGACUACGAGGCCCAGCCUUUGCGGCCAUUGCCCACCGUGCUUGAGGCGGAUGGGGGGUGAAGCCCAAAACACCCAGAGGGCACCACCUUGGGGUGCCGUGACCACGACGCAUCAUGCGGCAGCGGGAAACACUCACUCCGUGACCUCCUCCUUGGUGCGGUUGGUGAAAAGGAGGCCCACCUCUCCCUGGAGGUGCUUGCUGACCUGGCGAGCAGAGAGGAGAGGGGAUUAGGAAAUGGCCCCCGGAGCACUGAGGCCCCGCCGGGCUGGGAGCAAGACGGACAUGCUGCAGCGGCUGGGGGCCCCACCUGGUGCAGGUUAUCUUUGUAUUCGUCCAUCGGGCUCCGUCCAAGUGCCACCAUCAUCACCUUGUUCUUGCCAAAGAACAUCCUGGAAGGAAAACCGGGCCUAGUGAGGACAGCCAGAGACGGACCCUCUCAAAGCGGUGUAUUGCAGAGCUGUCGAGCUGGGGGGGGGGGUGUUUCAGGCCGACGAGUCCAGUCCCUGCUCGACACACCACAAGGCGGUGUGGCAGAGGCAGUCCGUCCCCCGACUCCGCCUGGCGCUUUUUUCGGUUCACAAACCACAGAGGUGCUCCCCAGCCCCCCCCGGGGGGGGGGGGGGGGCUCCCUUGAUUUGUGGCCUGGCUGGCGCUUUUUAAACCCUCUCCUCAUCCCAAGAUAAACCCUUUUUGGGUAUAAAUCGUGCCCGAGCCCUUCUGGGUGAAUCUAGAUGGGGGGAGACGGAUCUUGGGGGCCUGCCCCUCACCUGCUGUGCUUCCAGGCAUUGCGAAUAUCCUUCAGUUUGUUGUUUCUCAUGUUGGAGACGGAAAAAAUAAAGAGAAAUUUGUAGGUGUCCA